AUGGACUACAAAUCCCAUAACCCUUUGACCUUGCUUAUCCUGGAUGGGACUUCUGGAGAGACACCCUCUGGCACCAAAGCCUACAUGGUCAGGCUCCUGAGCUACCUGCCGGGCCAAACAGUGGCGACGGUACCUGUCAGCCCUCGCCUUCUGUAUGAGAUCGGACAACUGGCUGCCAGGCUGGAUAAAACAUUUACCGAGAAAUUCGAGCAUCCCCUGAUAAACAGUCUACAUCGGGGUGACUUCAUUUGGAAUCUCGCAAACCUUCCUCUCUUGAAGCCGUUCAUUCAUACUCUGGGACCAGGCAGCCAGUUGGAGGUUGUGAAAGAAAUUAUCGAGCAGUUCACGAUGAAAAUAGCACCCAAGCUGAGAUUAUUCCGACCGUCUAUCAAUCAUGGAGAUCUCAACGACCACAAUAUUCUCGUCGAUAAGGAUUCUGCUUCCCCUGAUGGUCUGCAGUUUAAAGUGUCCGGCAUUUUGGACUUUAGUGACAUGAGUUACGGGUACUAUGUCUUUGAAGUGGCCAUCGCCAUCAUGUAUAUGAUGAUAGAAAGCCGGGACCCUCUCAGCGUGGGUGGCCAUGUCCUGGCAGGAUUUGAAAGCGUCAUCCCAUUGACCCCUGAAGAACGAGGUGCUCUUUUCCUCCUGGUGUGCGGAAGGUUUACUCAGUCUCUGGUGAUGGCGGCCCACACCAGUCUCCUGCAUCCUGAGAAUAAAGAGUACUUGAUGAUCACAGCCAAGACAGGGUGGAAACAGCUGAUGAUCCUCUUUGAGAUGGGCCAAGAGGCUGUCGAGAAGGUUUGGUUCGAAACAGCCAAAAAGUAUAGUACCUGAAACAAUCUCCAUCAGUCUUGGUUGACAUGGCUGCAGUCCUCAGGUCUGGCUGGAUGUCCAGCGUUGCAGUUCUAAGAUGAUGACGACGGUUUCCAGUAGGACUCUGUAAAUAUAUAUGAAGAUCCAUGAUGAGGAAAUGUGCACCCAUUGGUGGGUGUGUAUGCAACUCAAUGAAUGGGUUGGGUAUGUGUGCAACCUAAUGCAACCUAAAAUCUCCUUACCUUCCCAAUAUAGGGAGGUUAAGUUGCAGCCUCUCCUAAAGCCGCCGGGGCCCACCCUCUAAGGGCACAGGAGCGGUUUUGCGCAAUACCCACCCUCCUCAUCUGUUUUAAGCCUUGCAAUGAGAGGGAAAAGGUAAAUAGCUUAUCCUUUCCGUUUGAAGAAUUUGGAUAAGAUGCUUUGUGAAACUGUUUUCAGAGAGGCCGCCCCGUUCAUCUUGUUCCGCUCAUACUACAAAAAUACAGAAUAGAAGCAGCAGGAAGUACUGCUACGUUUGCCAGACAAAUUCCUGCGGAAGAGAAUUGUAAUCCACAACAAAGCACACUGAAAUAUAUGUGGAAAUCUUCAA